AUGUCGAUGAUCCCGACCAAAACAGGAGCGGCAGCUGCAGUUGGUUUGGUGUUGCCAGAACUUAAUGGUAAAUUGGAUGGUUACGCCAUGCGUGUACCGACCAUUAACGUUUCUGUGGUGGAUUUGUCGUUUAUUGCCAAACGCGAUACAACGGUGGAAGAAGUGAACAGCAUCUUAAAAGCUGCAUCAGAGGGUGAACUCAAAAACAUCUUGUCCUAUAACACAGCACUGCUCGUGUCUGUUGAUUACAACGGCAAUCCACAUUCAUCAAACUAUGAUGCGACGUUAACGAAGGUUUCAGGUCGUUUAGUCAAAGUCAAUUCAUGGUAUGACAACGAAUGGGGCUUUAGUAAUCGGAUGUUGGAUACGACGGUGGCGUUGAUGAAUGCUAAGUGA